UAUACAAGAUUUCUCAGAUUUAAGUUUCUAAGAAACGGUUUCACCCUCUCUACAGAAAAUAGCAGUUGAAUCUGAAGCUAGGAGCUGGAAUGAACCUUAAACCAGGAUUAGGAUCACAAACGAUAUUCCUAUUAUGGAAUAUUUAUGGAUUACUGACAGCUGGACGGUUCUGGCCAGUUUCAACCCUAAAAUCAACAAGCAAGGCCAGACAGUUUUCUAUAUUUGAGAUUGUCUCAUUUCCAAAUACCGAAUGCUGGACGGAUAACAAGGUUAGGAAUGGAACUUGUUACUCCUCUGGAGAGUGUGAGGACUACGGAGGAGUUAUCAGUGGAGUGUGUGCAGGAGGAUAUGGAGUCUGUUGUAUCUUUGAUACCGGAUGUGGAGGUAUAAUUGAGAAGAACUACACCUACUUCUCCUCCAGUAGUCCUGGAUACAGCUCUGAUAUGAACACCUGCUCUAUGCAGUUAUGUAGACCUAACAAACAAAUAUGUCAGGUCAGGUUAGAUUUUGACUCAUUCAUACUGAAUGAUGCGGAGACCCAGAGUAAUUUAAAAGUUCUUGAACCCAACCUAUCCUCUCAUGGUCAAUGCUUAGUAGACAAGUUCCAGGUUGCAGUUCCAGGAGGAAGAUCCUCUCCAACUAUUUGUGGAACUAACUCCGGAUACCACAUGUACCUGGAUAUUGGAGACUCUUGUAAUCUUGCAACCUUCAACCUUGGUCAAGGAACCCUUCUAACCAGGGAGUGGACAAUCAGGGUAAUAUAUUUCUCCUGUGAUGAUACGAGCCGGGCCCCGGACGGAUGUCUCCAGUAUUUUAAGGGCAUAAACGGCAAUAUUGAAUCUUUCAACUUUAACUCCAGGUUGGGAACUCAACUAGCUGACCAGUCCUAUUCAGUUUGUAUGAGACCAGAGCGUGGAUUCUGUAAUAUCUGCUAUAGCGGUGGAACCCCUGAUACAUCCAUGUUCAGGGUUUCUAAUGAACAAGGAGAGGAGACGGACUGUGCUGAUGCCUCGGAUUAUAUUUCAAUUCCUGGAGGAACUUGUCAGGAUUCUAAAAAACUUAGAAUUUCUUCUAAGAAUUCAGUGAGUCGAGAUAGAUAUUGUGGACAAAGGUUAGAUUGUGUAGAGAGGGUUGGAUCAAAUACUGGAGAUGGUUCGAAGCCUUUAUUCCGAGUUGUAGGUGCUAAACAGUAUACUGUCUGUACCAAGAUACGACCAUAUAUCCUCCACUUCCAUACAGAUAGCUUUGCAGCCGUAACCCCAGAAAGUGACGCGAAUAUUGGUUUCGGCAUCGAAUACUGGCAAAUUGCUUGUUAGACUUUACUAACAUCAUCUUUAAACGGAUAGAAAAAAAUACAUCCGUUAUCGGAAAAGCUAGAUUAUCAGUAAUUGUACUGUGUAAUAGAGAAUAAAUUUAUGAGUUAUACUUAUUUUUGCAACAAAUGAUCUCCGUUUAGCGUAGUGCAAUUCAUGUCGAUUAUCAUAUAAACCUUGAGCUGUUCUAUUUAAUUAACUGACCUUUAAUCUCCGUAUAGUAGAGUCCAGAGCAUAUCUAUCAUCAAUUUAACC